UUUCAGCUGAAAACGAACUGAAAAUUGAGUUGGAACUGAGUGAAUUCGGAGGGGAAUCAAUGGAAGUCUUCGUACAAUGGGCUCCAAAUGUUGUGCUUCUCGUUGGGGGAAUGUCAAUUGUAUGCAUUCUAAUUCACAUUAUUCAAUCGACACUUCGACCUCCACAAUGCUGUCAUAACUCUUCAGGUACAUUAAUAAUUGGCUUGCCACAAGUACAUCCGCAUAAUUCAUUUCAAUAUGUUCGAUUAGAGAGUCAAAAUGUGGAAACAGACUCUUGGCACAAAACGGCGUUCCCAGUUUUUGACGUGUAAUAACAAUUUUUCUGUAUUGUAUUAACCCUAAUAAAUGACAUAAUAAU